CUUCCGUAAGUUUGCGGGUCCUUGUGUGCUUCUCUGCGUCCCGAGCUCCAGUUCUUUUCUUCAGGGCUCUGCGUUCUCUGCUCCUAGAGGCCAAGCCUCUGUGGCCUUGUGUCCUGCAGGUAUUCGCAGAUUUAUGGCUGAAAGACCGGGAUCCCCUGGAAGCCGAGAAAUGAGACUGUUGACAUUCAGAGACAUAGCUAUAGAAUUCUCUCUGGAGGAGUGGCAAUGCCUGGAUUGUGCUCAGCAGAAUUUAUAUAGAGAUGUGAUGUUAGAGAACUACAGAAACCUGGUCUCCCUGGGUAUUGCUGACUCUAAGCCAGACUUGAUUACCUGUCUGGAGCAAAAUAAAGAGGCUUGGAAUAUAAAGAGAAAUGAGAUGGUAGCCAAACACCCAGUUACGUGUUCUCAUUUCACCCAAGACCUUCAUCCAGAGCAGGGCAUAAAACAUUCACUCCAAAAAGUAAUACCAAGAACAUAUGGAAAAUGUGGACAUGAGAAUUUACAAUUUAAAAAAUGCCGUAAAAGUGUGAGUGAGUGUGAGGUGCACAAAGGAGGUUAUAAUGAAGUUAAGCAAUGUUUGUCAAAUACCCAAAACAAAAUAUUUCAGACUCAUAAGUGUGUCAUAGUCUUUGGUAAAUUUUCAAAUUGCAAUAGACAUGAAACAAGAUAUACUGGAAAGAAACAUUUCAAAUGUAAAAAAUAUGGCAAAUCGUUUUGCAUGCCUUCACACCUAAAUCAACAUCAGAUAAUUCAUACUAAGGAGAAGUCCUACAAAUGUGAAGAAUGCGGCAAAUCCUUUAAACGCUCCUCAAACUGUACUACACAUAAAAGAAUUCAUACUGGAGAGAAACCCUACAGAUGUGAGGAAUGUGGCAAAGCCUUUAGGUGGCCCUCAAACCUUACUAGACAUAAGAGAAUUCAUACUGGAGAGAAACCCUACACAUGUGAAGAAUGUGGCCAAGCUUUUAGGCGCUCCUCAACACUUACUAACCACAAGAGAAUUCAUACUGGAGAGAGACCCUACAAAUGUGAAGAAUGUGGCAAAGCCUUUAGCAUAUCCUCAACCCUCAAGGACCACAAGAGAAUUCAUACUGGAGAGAAACCCUACACAUGUGAAGAAUGUGGCAGAGCCUUUAACUGCUCCUCAACCCUUAAGACACAUAAGAGAAUUCAUACUGGAGAGAAACCCUACAAAUGUGAAGAAUGUGACAAAGCUUUUAAGAGGCAUUCAAGUCUUGCUAAACAUAAGAUAAUUCAUACUGGAGAGAAACCCUACAAAUGUAAAUAAUGUGGCAAAUUCCAGCCCUCAGGCCUUAUAAUACAUACAAUAAUUUAUGCUGGAAAAAAACACUGCAAGUGUAGAGAAUAUGGACAAACCUUUAACAAGUUCCAAACCUUAAUAGAAAAUAAGAGAAUCCAUAUUGGACAAAAAUUUUAUAAAUGUAAAAAAAUGUAACAAAGCCUUUGACCAACCCUCAAACCUUAAUGAACCCAAGAGAAUUUAUUUUAAAAAAAAAUAUUUUUUUGAGAUGGUAUCUCCCUUUGUCACCCAGGCCGCAGUGCAGUGGCACAAACUCAGCUCACUGUAACCUCUGCCUUCCAGGUUCAAGUGAUUCUCCUCCCUCAGCCUCCUGAGUAGCUGGGAUUAUAGGCAUGUGCCACCACACUGGCUGAUUUUUGCAUUUUUAGUAGAGAUGGAGUUUCACCAUGUUGGCUAGGCUGGUCUCGAACUCCUGACCUCAGGUGAUCCACCUGCCUCAGCCUCCCAAAACCUAAGAGAAUUUAUAUUAGAGAUACCCUAGAAAGGUUAAAAAAAAAAAAGUGAAAAAACCUUUAAGCACAUCUCAGGCCUUACACAAUAUCUGUUAAUUCAUUCUAGAGAGAAAUCCUACAAAAGCAAAGAAUGUGGUAACGCUUUUAACUAGUCUAGAACCCUUAUUAUACAUAAGAGAUGUAAUACUUAAGAGAAACCCUACAAUAAGGAAUAUGGCAAUGUCUUUAAAAAGUCCUCAAACCUGAAUAAAUGUAAGAUAAUUGAUACUGGAGAGAACCCCUGAAACUGUAGAAAAAAAUGUGGCAAAGCCUUUAACUGGUUUCCAUCCUUAUUAAUUAAAAAAAUUUUAUACUGGAGAGAAACUCUACAGCAUAAAAAUGUGACAGAGCAUUUAACCAUACCUCAAACUUUUCUAAAAAAGGGAAAUCAUACUGGUGAGAAACUAGAAAUGUGUUAAAUGUGGCAAGGCCUUUAAAUGGUAGUCACACGUUAUGGUAGGUAAGAUAAUGUAUACUGAAGAAAACUACAAAUAUGAAAUGAAGAAUGUGGCAAAACUUUUAAUAAAUUCUCACACCUUAUGCCACAGGAAAGCAUUUAUACUAGAGAAAAAUUGUAGAAAUACAAAGAAUGUGAAAAGCCAUUACUAUCAGCUCACAUUUUACUCAAUAUCAGAAAGUUUAUAGUUAAUAAUAGCAUUAUAGGUUGGGCGUGUUGGCUCACCCUUGAAAUUCCAGCACUUUGGGAGGCCAAGGUCAGUGGAUCAUGAGAUCAGGAGUUCAAGACCAGCCUGGCCAACAUGGUGAAAGCCCAUCUCUACUAAAAAUACAAAAAUUAGCCAGGCGUGGUGGCGUAUGCCUGUAAUCCCAGCUACUUGGGAGGCUGAGGCAGGCGAAUUGCUUGAACCUGAGAGGUGGAGGUUGCAGUGAGCCAACACAGAGCUGCUACACUGCAGCCUGGGUGACAGAGCAAGACUCCAUCUCAAAAAAACAAAAAAAGCAUUAUAAAUGUGAUUACUGUAAAAACACCUUUCGGAAAAUAUAGGCCUUUAAAGUAAAGACUAUUUAUUCUGAAGACAAACAUACAAACAUAAAGAGGAUUGUUAUACCUUUACUGGCAUUACAGAUGUUAUUGUAUGCAUUUUAUGUUAAAGGAAAACCCUGAAGCAGAUGCUCAAACUUUGUGGAACAUCAGAGAAUUUAUAUUUGAGAGAAAGCCUAAACAUGUAAUGAAUGUGAAAAAACAUUUGUUCAAAAACUACAGCUUAGAAGACACCAGUUUAUACUAAAUAUUUUUGUAGAUCCAAUAUAUGGGGAAAAUAUAUUUGAUGAAAAAGUAAGUUUAUAUAAACAUUUGAGGAUUCACAGUAGAAAGAAUGAAGGCACUGAAACUUCAGACAUUACACUAAAUCAGAGUGUUGAAUGUAAAAGAGAUCCAAAGAUAACAGUAUAUACAUUUCAAAGAAGUAGUUUCUUUGGAGAUUUAUAAUUACAUUUGAGGUAUGCUUCAUUUUCUGCAAAAAAAAAUUUAGAUUUUCUGAAAAGCAAAUAAUAUUGUAACUCAAGUCUCAGAUUACUUAAUGUUGAUU